AUGGCAAAAUCAUUCAGGGAAUUGGUCGGUGUUCUACCCUCGAGGGCUUCCACAAAAGACAGCGUCCUCGUCAUUAUCGAUGCUCAGAAUGAGUAUGCGGAGGGACACCUGAAGACCGAGAACGUCAGUGAAACACGCCAGGCCAUCUCUCAGCUCCUCGAAAAGUACCGCUCCGCAUCCGCACCCCUCGUCCACAUCGUGCACCGAACUCCAGACGGGGCGCCCGUGUUCACUCCUGGCACUUCUCUCGCCGAAGAAUUCUCCGAACUCACCCCGAAGGCCGGCGAGAAAGUGAUUGGCAAGCAGUUUCCUGGCUCUUUCACCAGCACAGAUCUCGAGGAGUAUCUCAAGAGCACCGGGAAGAACAAGGUAGUGCUAUGCGGGUAUAUGGCACAUGUCUGCGUUUCCACGACAGCGAGGCAGGCUGCUGAGAAAGGGUACGAUGUGAUUCUGCCACAGCAGGCGAUUGGUGAUCGAAAUAUUCCUGGUGUGGACGCCCGCGAUUUGGUCCAGACGACUCUUAUGGAGUUGGCGGAUGCUUUUGGGAGCAUUGUGCAGGUCGCGGACAUCAAAUAG